CAGCCACAACAUAAUGUCACAAAACAGUUCCGAAGAUCUACGCAGUGCUGCCGAAUUACUAAUUAAUCAAGCGCGUGCUAUGCAGUCUAGAGGUGGCGGCAAUAUUCCCUAUGAUAUUUCCCGUACUCAUUCCAUUAAUUUAAUAACCGAAGAAUUCCUUGGUGGUUAUAUGCAAGAUGGUCGCAUGUCAGUGGUGCGUAGAUUUUUCUGCCUAUUUGUAACAUUUGAUUUAUUUUUCGUCUCACUGCUGUGGUUAAUAUGUAUUAUGCUAAAUGGCGACAAUAUCUUUGUGGCCCUGCAAAAACAAAUUGUCCAUUAUACCAUUGAAGCCUCGCUGUUUGAUGUUGUGGCAGCAGCAAUAUGCCGUUUUGUAGUUUUGAUAUUUUUCUAUGCUCUAUUAUAUGUAAAUAAUUGGUUUAUUAUAGCGUUAUCAACAAGUGGCUCAUGUUUAUUUUUAAUUUCCAAAGUAUUUGUUUUUGAUUGGGUCAAAGCCACCCCACAAGUAUUUGAAGUGAUACUCAUUAUAACCUCAUUUGUUUUGGCAUGGGGUGAAGCAUGGUUUUUGGAUUGUCGUGUUAUACCACAAGAACGUCAUGCCAGACGUUAUUUUGCGGCCAUGACAUCAUCUACAGAUCGUUCACCUUUAAUGGCGCCAUUUUUAUCGACACAAAAUGAACGUCGUCCAGCUGAUAGUGUAGUUGAUUUUUAUUCUCCUUUGGAUUCGGCACACAAUAGUGAUGAAGAAGAGGAAAAGGACGAAGACUACCAUAAAAUGGGUUUAGAUUGUGUACGACGAACGUAUGAUCUGUUGCAUGUUUCCGAUUGGAAAGUUGAAAAGGUAACAAAGAAAGGUGAUACCAUUAGCAGUAUACAUCGUGAGAAAAUGGGAAAAAUCUAUAAACUAACGUGUCGUUUAAAAUAUCCUGCCAAGGCAUUAUGUCAUGAAUUGUUUUAUAAAAUUGAAGAUAUGCCACUGUGGAAUCCAACAACAUUAGAAUCUAAAAUGGUUAGGAAAAUAAAUUCCUAUACCGAUAUAACGUACAAUGUUUCUGCCGGCAGUGGUGGUGGUAUGAUCAAAUCUCGUGAUUUUGUUAAUUUACGCUGCUGGCGUCUGGUCGUCGAUGGUAAAAUCUGUGACGAAAGUAGUUUAGACCCUGGCUCAUCCGAUGAAGAAAUGCUCAAUAAUUCCUGUGAAGGUAGUGUCUCCACAAUAUCCGAUGGUGAGGGUACAAUAACACCCCAGCCCAGCAGUGUUGGUAGUUGCCGUACUAGUAGUGCUACAAAUAUGCCCGAUAGCGGCAGAGCAUUUAAUACGCUGAGUAAAAGUUUGGGAGCCAAAGAUUUUUCAGAUGUUUUACAGUUAACAUUGAAUACCGAACCGCCACCUUUAGAUGAUGAAUUCGAAGAUGCUAAAGAUCACAUUGAAGAUGAGGAAAAGGUGGCAGUGGUGGUGGCAACAAAAAGCAAAGAACCUGUAAAACCACCUGCACGAGGUAGGGUGUGGGUUAAUGCUGCCAUUAGUGUGGAAUAUGAUAAGAUACCAGUAUAUCCCAAAUAUACGAGAGGUGAAAAUCUUGUAUCCGGCUUUGCUAUGCAUGAGGUGGAGUCCAAUCCGGAUGUUUGUAUAUUCGAAUGGAUAUUGUGUAUUGAUUUAAAGGGCUAUAUACCACGUUAUGUGUUGGAUUCGGCCUAUACAACAUUCAUGACAGAUUAUAUAACAUAUUUACGUAAAUAUAUUAAAGAAUUACGUGAACGACGUCGACGCCGCACAUUGCCCAGAAAUUAAGCAUGUAUAGUUUUUUUUUACUAAAAACCCCCGCUGCUGGUU